AUGUCGACGGCACCGCCACGUAAAGCGCGCGGCCAUCGGCAAAAAGGCGCUGGAACUGUCGCCGUGUCGCAAGGCGAGCAAGUUCGCCAAGGUGUCCUCUGCAAAGAAUGGCAACGAACACCUGUACAACUGCUCCACGAGUACUGUCGCAACGUGAAGCGUCAACCCCCGCGAUACCAUGAUGUGCACACGGACUCAGAUCAUGUAUUCCGCGUGCGCUGUGUCUUGCCAGACGCCAAGACGAAAGACAAGGACCUGAUCUUCUGUCCUGCUCAAUCUGUUGAUACAACACUUGACGACGCAAAGCACUGCGCAGCUCUCCUCGCGCUACUCUAUCUUGAACCAACUCGGCCGCACGAACGAAAGCUUCCGGAUCCUUAUCGGGACAUGUGGCUCGUUCUCCAAGACGAACAAAAACAGCCAGCCACGAAGCCUGCCAAAAGGACGAACGCAUUAUCUGUUGCGCCUGCUCCUGCGCCAACUGCAGACGAAGCGGAUUCCGCUCAGGGCAAAGUGGUCGUGCUGACAUCCGAUCGAGCAUUCGCAUCCAAAGCAGAGUACUCCCAGUCCAAGUUGAGUGAGCGAGAAGAGCGCAAUCGACGCCAGCGCGCUCGGGAGAAUCGCGAACGCGCUAACAUCCCCGUCCAGGUCUUUAUGAGCCAAAAAGCCCGCGAACUGGUCGAAAGCGUGCUGGAUGAUGUCGAUAAGUCCCUCGAGCGUGUUGGCCAUGACAACCCUGAACGCCUCGCUGAGAUCCAGGCGACGUUAACAUCGAUGGCAUUCAAGCCCAUGCACAUUCAAGCGGUAUUGGAUCAAUGUCCUGACUUGACGGAUGACACGGCUGUACUGGACUGGCUGUGUCUACAUGUCCCCGAGAAUGAGCUACCAAAAGGAUUCAACCCGAACGGUACGCAGCUCGAAGUCGUUGGUUACGGUGUCGUGUCCAAGGCAGCCAAGGCGUUGGAGGAGUCGGCCGGCUUUGAUAGUGCCUUGCACAGCUCAAUAUUUGACACAUUGGGAUCGAGUGGCUACAGUCGCAACGAUUGCUUGAAAGCUCUGGACGUCGUGAAUGCAAAUCACCCUGGUGCCUCCAUCGAUAUUGUCGAGCACGAAAUGAAGCUGGAGCUGAGCCGUCAACUGCGCCGGGCUGUGUCCAUUCCACUGAAUGAAACUAUCGAAAACCGACCAGCCGACGAACUGGACGAGGCCCUCGACGAGGAGCUCAUGGUGAUGGAAUCCAUUUACGAUGACAAGUGUACCAUGACCGUCUUGUCGCCAACAAAGACCCGCAUGAUUACGAUUCAACUCAUGGACGACAAGAUCGAGCUUGUGUUUUACCUGCCGCCUGGGUCGCAGUAUCCCUACGAGCUGCCUCAUUUGUUCCUGCGUCGACUUGACUUGGACGAUGUCGACGUGUUGGCGAUCACGGGCCACCUCCUUGACAUGGCGUCUAAGCUGUGCGGAGGACCCACGAUGUACGAACUGUCGUCGGCUGUGCAGGGUUUGGUACUCAAACCUCGCAUGACGAAGCCUAUCGAGUUGUUCCGCGAAGAUGGCAUUGCAUCGACGGGCAGAUCAGCAAAAUCCACGGCAAAAUCCUCAACGAAGAAAGCCAAGUCAAAGCCUCGAAAGGUCAACCGCAAAAACAAUUCAACGGACGCCACGGCUAUCCAUGCGCUCUUGUACGAAAAAUUCCAGCAAAAGCUACAGAACGACAAGUACAAGACGAUGCUGGCAGCGCGCUCCAAGUUGCCAGCGUUUCAAGAACGUGACACGAUAGUUUCGUUGCUGCAAUCGAAUCAAGUGGUGCUCAUCAGCGGGGCAACUGGUUGUGGCAAAACCACCCAAGUGCCACAGUUUCUGCUGGACCACUUCAUUCCAAAGCAAGAGAUCUGCAACAUCAUUUGCACGCAGCCUAGACGCCUAGCUGCGAUUGGAGUAGCGACUCGUGUCGCACAGGAGCGAUGCGAAUCGAUUGGCGAGUCCGUGGGGUACGCCAUUCGCAUGGAGACAAGGCGGAGCCAGGAAACGCGUCUGCUGUUCUGCACGACGGGGCUGUUGCUGCGUCGGUUGCUGGAAGACCCGUUGCUGGAAGGAGUCAGUCACGUCAUUGUGGACGAAGUUCACGAACGCAAUGUUGACACGGACUUUUUGCUGUCGAUUCUAAGAGACGUACUGCGCCAACGGUCCGACCUUCGUUUGCUCCUCAUGAGUGCCACCAUGAACACGUCCCUGUUUGUCGAGUACUUCGGAGCCACAACGCCGGUCCUCUCUAUUCCUGGCUUUACAUAUCCCGUGACGUGCCACUACAUCAAGCACGUGCUGGACGUGACUGAAACGAUGGAAAAACAGUCGGACGAUGCCAUCAACUAUCGGCUUGUCGCAUCUCUCGUGGAAUACUUGGUCGGCACGAAUGACAAUGGCGGCGCGGGCGAAGGCGCGAUCCUCAUUUUUAUGCCGGGUGUGCAAGAGAUCAAAAUGACCAUCCGCGAGCUGCAGCAGUCGAAAGUGGCCUCAUCACUCCUGGCCUACCCUUUGCAUGGGGCCCUUCCUGGCCACGAGCAAUCUCGAGUGUUUGAUUCCGCUCCAAAGUUCAAGACCAAGGUCAUUGUCAGCACCAACGUGGCGGAAACGUCCAUCACGAUCGACGAUAUCGUGGUCGUGAUUGAUGCAGGCAAAGCGAAGGAAAUGGCUUAUGAUGCCAUCAAUCGCCGCUCCAUCUUGGCAGAACAGUGGGUGUCCCAAGCAGCGGCGGAUCAACGCAAAGGUCGUGCGGGGCGUGUGCGGCCGGGUGUGUGCUAUCGACUCUUUUCCAACAAGCAAUUCCAGAAGAUGGCGCUCCAGCCGACACCUGAAAUCCACCGCGUCAGUCUUGAACCGCUCUGUUUGCAGAUCCAGGCGCUGGAGUUAGGCCCUGUCGAAACUUUUCUCGCCAACGCGAUUGAGCCGCCGUCGUCGGAAGCAAUCGAGUCAGCCAUCGAAGGAUUGAUCGAAAUGGGUGCAAUGUCCAAAGAUGCCGACGAACAAGUACAGCUCACUCCAUUGGGCGCCCACUUAGCCCGAUUGCCCAUGGAUGCUCGAAUGGGCAAAGUCGUCGUGUUUGGCUGUAUCUUGCGUUGUAUCGAUCCCAUUGUUACGAUUGCAGCGGCAUUGAGCUCCAAGUCGCCGUUUGUGUCUUCGCCAGACGACCGCAGCAAGGGCGAUGCGUUGAAGCGCCAGUGGAGCGAGCAAGUCCCGACGUCGGAUCAAUUUUUGCUUUGGAACGUCGUCAAGGCGUUUUCAAGUCUCAGCAAGAACGUGCGACGAGCGUAUUGCAAAGACAAUUGCUUGUCGUACGAGACCAUGAUGACCAUCCUGGAAUUGCGCCAGCAGUACCUAGAGCACUGCCAAGUGCUGGGGUUCUACGACCCAGCCAAUGCCGCUCCGUUCAACCAGCAUUCGACCAACCCGAAAGUGAUUAAAGCGGCACUCACGGCAGGUCUCUACGGCAACGUGCUUCAAGUCGUGUACCCCGAACAAAAGUAUUACGAGUCCGCCAACGGCGUGUUGGCCGCGGCCCACGAUGCCAAAGCGAUUCAAUUCUUCAUUCGUAAGCUGGACAAGACAAAGGAGCGGGUGUUCCUCCACCCGACCUCCCUCAACUUUACUCGGACUCAAUUCGAAUCGCCGUGGCUCGUGUACAAUGAACUCGUCCAAACAUCCAAGAUCUUUGUUCGGGAAUGCACCAUGGUCGCGCCGUACGCGUUGCUCCUGUUUGGAGGGCAGUUGACUGUCCAGCACGAAAAGGGUCUUCUUCUCGUCGACAACUGGAUUAAGUUUCACGCAGUGGCUCGCAUCGGUGUGCUCGUCAAGGCAUUGCGCCACCAACUGGACCAUCUUUUGGCUGUCAAGGUGACGAAUCCGACAUUGGAUCUCUCGUCCAGCCAUCUCAUCGACGCCAUUUGCGACCUCUUGAUCACGGAAGGAAUGUAAU